AUGGAAGGUCAUAAAAUUGCUCUUGCUACUAUCUUCGCCAUCCUGGCAGCCUUGGGAAUCUCAGGGAACACUUUCCUAAUCACCGCCGUGUUCUUUUCCAGGAAGCUUCGCAACGUCACCAACGCGUUCGUCGUCAUCCUGAGUAUCUCCGAUAUCAUCAACUCUUCGACCCUCAUUGUGCAGGUCAUCGCUCUAGCUGGGGUUCGUACCCAGGCCUUCAUGGUGAUGUGCAAGAUCGUCGGACCCGUGGCUACAACCGUUCUCGGAGCAAGCUCGUUCAUCAUGACCCUCAUCGCGUUGUGUCGCUUUGUUCUCAUCACUAAGCAACCACAUACCUUUAAACGCGUAUUUUCGAAGCCAAACAUGGCUGUCAUGAUCAGCGUCAGCUUUUUAUUUCCUCUCAGUUUAGUCCUUCUAUUUGUGCUUCUUGAUCUCGCUACUGCAGGGCUAAAUGAAGAUACGAUAUGCUUAUUCUAUGAUAGUCCUGAAUUCAACACGAUGUGUGGAUGUUUCCUGCUGGUGCUGUUAAUAACUGUGGCUGUUAUAUACGCCAAGAUAUAUCUGUUCCUUCGACGCCAUUUUAGACAGCUGCGUAGCCACAGCACGCGCAGAGAGAGUUCUGCGCAGCUAGGCGAGAGGAGCGUGAGCGUCAUCCCAGAUACCAGCGAAUCGCCGCGUAUCGCAGUACCUGUACCCGCGCAAGAUCGGAGGCCUUAA